UAUACUUUACCUUUUUCAUAUAACGAAAAAGUUUUAAUUAAAGUGAAAUAAGUACGUAAAUAUGUCCGACGAAAUUCUCAACAAAGAAACGGAAAAUUCUUCAACAUCGACACCGGAACAGAGGCGUUCAACUGUCCCUGACAUAUUGCGACAUCAACGUAGCUUCGAGAAACGUUAUAGCCCCAUAAUAAAUAAGCAAAUACUGGAAACUAGCAUUAAUAAAGAAGCAUUGCAUCGACAGAUGAAUGCGUUCUUCUCCUGCAGUCGUAGUCCAUCUCCAAAAAAUAAAAAGAAGACUUUGACGGCAGGAAGGAAUGACUCAGAGGCAGGUGCAAGUAUGUUAGAGGAAGACAGCGAAAAUAAUUUAGCUGAUAUUGACGAUAAGGAUAGUGCUAAAAGCAUGGAGAAUACAAAAGUAUUACAAAAAUUGGAGACCUUAGAUAUAGCGGAAAAAAACUAAUAUUCAUUAAUAUACAUAUAACAAAUUCAGAGAGAGUUCGCAUACAAACUUAAGCGUCUGAUUUAUUUGCUGUUUUAUAUUA